UGUAUAGGAACAUACCUAUAAACUUGGUCUCAACGGGUCUCCAACCGCUGCAAGAGGCAAAGAACAACCUUUCUAGUUGGUUGGCUGCAAUUUAAAGGUUAUUGAAGGUGCUGCUAGUGACAAUAGCCAGAACAUAAAUCUAAGUUACGAUGAAGUCCACCUGCCUGUUCAUUCUGGCAUCUCUGGCAGUCUGCAACCUGACGUUGGCUCGAGGACAGAGCAUCCCCGCUGAGGAGAAGACUGGGGACCCGCAGAUAGACGAUAUCAUCCUACAGAGAGCCGAGAGCCUCCUGCUCAGCUCCAUUCUAAAAAUGAUAGAGGAUGAGGAUGGCGUGAAUGAGGCAUUGUCCUCUCCGCCAGAGUGGCUAGUGAAGCGGCAACACCCUGGUAAGAGGUACCAGGAGGAGCUGGAGAAAAGGCAACACCCUGGUAAACGAGAGGAGGCCGAGGACGAAGACUAUGGGGAGGUCCAGAAAAGACAGCACCCGGGAAAACGCGAAGACGAAAUUGACUCUUUUGUGGAGCUUCAGAAAAGGCAGCAUCCAGGCAAACGCUCAAUGCUGGAGCAGAUUACAGAGAACUCCGCAUUUCUAAGUGAACUCUCCAAACGUCAGCACCCGGGCAAGCGCUACCUGAUGAUGUACAGCAAGCGCCAGCAUCCCGGCAAGCGAGAUGUGGACGACGAGUCAGACGCAGGGGACCUCCAGGAGUUGGAGAAGCGCCAACACCCCGGCAAACGUUACUGGGAUAACAUGAGCCCGGAUUUGGGCGCCAACAAUCCCUGUGACGUGCUGGACCCUGGCUGCAGAAAGGCCAACCUAUUACUCGAGCUAUUAGACAACGUGACCAAGAGUCGCGCGGAGGAGAAGAGACAGCACCCGGGCAAAAGGUCUGCACCUGAGGAGGAUUUGACUGAACAGGAGUGACGAGUGGGCUGGUGCUUGAGAAAUACUGUGUUGUAAAAAAUUCAACGUGUAAAUUGAUACAAGUAAUCAUUUCAAAUGGUUUAUUAUGAAUAUAAUGUGGACCCCUCUGCCAUGGGUAGUCUAUCGUUUCUUUGGCAAGUUGCUUUUAUGACGAAUAUCCAGAAAACGUAUACUGAGAAACGUUUAAAUUAUAUAUUAUUUUUUGGGGAAGCUUGUGUGUAAUUAAACACACUUGGAUUGUCAGAAUCAGUAACGCUCAUAGGGAUUUCAAGUUAGUUAAUAGCUGUGUUGUUUGCUGGACCAAUAUUUUUUUUCAUGAGAUGCUCAGAAAUGUAUUCGUUUUUCAGAUUAAGCCUAUGAGGCGAAGAAAAAAAGAA